CCAUCCUAGAUGACAUGGCGUCCUCAGUAUCGCAGCUCCAAGUUCCGCCACGUGUUCGGUAAGGCCGCCACCAAGGAGAACUGCUACGAUGGCGUGCCCAUCACGCGGAGCGUCCACGACAACCACUUCUGCGCCGUCAACCCGCGUUUCAUUGCCGUCAUCACAGAGUGCGCCGGAGGCGGAGCCUUCCUGGUCCUCUCUGUCCAUCACACAGGGAAGGUGGACCCCCUUCACCCCAAAGUGUCAGGCCACAGAGGUAACGUACUGGACAUCAAAUGGAACCCCUUCAACGACUUCUGUAUAGCAUCCUGCUCGGAGGACUCCACGGUGAAGGUAUGGGACAUCCCUCCCCAUGGUGUGCUGAAGAACCUGACGGUGCCGUGGAAGGAGCUGCAGGGUCACAGCCGCAGGGUGGGCCUCAUCGAGUGGCACCCUACUGCCAACAAUGUGCUCUUCAGUACUGGCUAUGACUACCAGGUGAUGAUCUGGAACCUGGACAGCCCUGAGGCGGUGAUAAAGAACCCGGUGCGGACCAUCAGCCACCACACUGAUGUGGUGCUCUCCAUGUCCUUCAAUACCGAUGGCAGCAGGCUGGCCACGUCCUGCAAGGACAAGAAGAUCAGGGUUCUAGAGCCACGCACUGGGAACCUGCUACAGGAGGCCAACUGUAAGAACCACAAAGCCAGCAAGGUGCUGUUCCUGGGGAACCUCAAGAUGCUGCUGUCCACCGGCAGCUCCCGCUGGAACCAUAGACAGAUGGCCCUCUGGGACCAGGAGGACCUAGAUGUGCCUUUGUUACAGGAGGACCUAGAUGGUUCGUCUGGGGUGCUCUUCCCUUUCUACGACCCAGACACACACAUGCUCUACAUAGCAGGGAAGGGUGAUGGUAAUAUCCGGUACUAUGAGAUCAGCUCAGAGAAGCCCUACAUGCACUUCCUCACAGAGUACCGCUCACACACUCCUCAGAAAGGAAUGGGUAUCAUGCCAAAGAGAGGCCUGGACGUGAGCUCCUGUGAGGUGUUCAGGUUCUACAAACUGGUGACGAUCAAGGCCCUCAUCGAACCCCUCUCCAUGAUCGUACCUCGCAGG